ACGACAAAUUAAAAGGGAUAAUAGAGAAGGCCUAGCCAAGCAAACCACAUAGGUCUUUCCUCCGCAUGUAUGAAGCCUUUGGUUGUGCCUGUAGUUUCAUCAUUCAUUAAAUUUGCACUGAACACACAGAGAGAAAUGGAAGUAGCAGGGGCAACAACUGCAAGCACAAUUCUCAUACUAAUACUUGCUUUUGCAUGGGGAUGGAAGGUGCUGAACUGGUUAUGGCUAAGGCCAAAGAGACUAGAGAGACUCCUAAGAGAGCAAGGUCUUCAAGGCAAUUCUUACAGACUUUUGGUUGGAGACUCAAAGGAGUUUUUGAAGACACGACAAGAAUCAAUGUCAAAACCCAUGAGUCUCUCUGAUGACUUAGUGCCCCGAGUGUUUGCCUUUGUCUAUCAGAGUGUCAACAAAUAUGGCAAGAAUUCUUUUAUCUGGCUUGGACCAUCACCAAGGGUGACCAUCACAGACCCUGAAGUAAUCAAAGAUGUGUUUAAUAAGAUUAAUGAGUUCACAAAGCCUACUACGAGUCCGCUUAUCAGGUUUCUAGCUCCUGGUCUUGUAAGCCAUGAAGGAGAAAAAUGGAUCAAGCACAGAAAGAUAAUCAACCCUGCAUUCAAAUUAGAAAAUUUGAAGAAUAUGUUACCAUUAUUCAUUCAAUGUUGCAAUGAUCUGAUUAGCAAAUGGGAAGGAAUGUUGUCUUCAGAUGGAUCCUGUGAAACAGAUGUAUGGCCUUCUCUUCAAAAUUUGAGUUGUGAUGUUAUUUCCCGAACAGCAUUCGGAAGUAGCUAUGAAGAAGGUAGACAAAUAUUCCAACUUCUAAAAGAGCAAGUUGAUCUUACAAUGAAAGUUAUCUUGAGAGUUUACAUCCCUGGGUGGAGGCUUCUACCUACUCCUACCCAUAGAAGGAUGAAGAAAAUUAAUAGAGAUAUAAAAGCAAAGCUUAUAGAUAUGAUUAACAAGAGAGAAAAGGCACUAAAAGCAGGUGAAGCCACUAAAAACAACUUGUUGGAUAUACUUUUGGAGUCAAAUCACAAGGAAAUUCAGGAACACGGAAACAAUAAGAAUGUUGGAAUGAAUCUGGAAGAUGUAAUCGAGGAAUGCAAGCUAUUCUACUUUGCAGGGCAAGAAACCACUUCAGUUUGGCUUGUUUGGACAAUAAUUUUAUUGUGUAGGUACCCUGAUUGGCAAGAACGUGCAAGGGAAGAAGUCAUGCAAGUUUUUGGCAACCAAAAACCAGAUUUUGAUGGGCUAAGUCACCUUAAGAUUGUCACCAUGAUUUUGAAUGAGGUUCUUAGGUUAUACCCACCAGUAGUUGGUCUUGCUCGAGAUGUUCACAAAGAUACGAAACUUGGAAACCUAACAUUACCUGCUGGAGUGCAGCUUUCUUUACCAACAAUUUUGGUUCAACAUGAUAGUGAACUCUGGGGUGAUGAUGCUACGGAGUUCAAUCCUGAGAGAUUUUCUGAAGGGGUUUCGAAGGCUACAAAUGGAAGAGUUUCAUUUUUUCCAUUUGGAUGGGGUCCUAGAAUUUGCAUUGGACAAAACUUUUCCCAGUUGGAAGCAAAGAUUGCGCUGUCAAUGAUGUUACAAAAUUUCUCAUUUGAACUCUCUCCAACCUAUACUCAUGCUCCAACAACUAUAAUUACUCUUCAGCCCCGGUAUGGUGCUCAUGUCAUUCUCCGUAAAGUGGAAAUAUAAAAACAAUGACAAGCUCUUAUCGUAUGAUUUGGUUGUAUAAUGUCGGUGGAAGUGCUCAAAUGUAAUAAUAAGCAACAUACACUUUAUAAUACUGAUUUUAUUGUUGCUUCAUAAAUGUGUACUGGACUUCUGGUUCAAAACCCUGUACUGUUGGUGGAAGAGUCUCACUCUUAUAUAAUUACCAUCUUAUUUUUGGAGUUUAUAAAAUAUCGUGUUUUGGAUGAUAC